AUGUCGAUGGAUCUGGAUGCCCCGGUCCCUAUGGCUCCCAUGAUGGGGAUGCAGCAGGAGCAGACUAUAAAUGCGACUAUUCUCUGCUGCAACUGUGGUGUCGCCAUUGAUGGAACUACUUCUGCUGGAGCCCUGUGUCCCGAUUGCGUGAGACUUACCGUCGACGUCUCCGAAGGUAUUCAACGCGAAGCGACCCUCCACACAUGCAAAGAUUGCGAGCGAUGGCUGCAACCCCCGAAUAGCUGGGUUGUCGCAUCUCCCGAGUCGAAAGAGCUUCUCGCUAUUUGUCUCCGCCGUCUCCGUGGCCUCAACCGUGUCCGUAUUGUGGAUGCCAGUUUCAUCUGGACCGAACCGCACUCUCGUCGCAUCAAGGUCAAGAUCACAAUCCAGCAGGAGAGUAUGCAAGGCACCAUUAUUCAACAAACAUUCGAGGUGGAAUACUUUGUGGCCACUCAGCAAUGUACUGAUUGUCAGAAAUCAUAUACCCAUAAUACCUGGAGAGCGAUGGUUUCCGUUCGUCAGCGUGUCAAUCACAAGCGGACUUUCUUGUUUCUCGAGCAGCAAAUGUUGAGGAACAAGGUUCAUAGUGAUGUGGUCAACCUCAAGGAGGUCAACAUCGGAUCAGGAGGUGGUGGUCUGGACUUCUUCUUCGCCGCAAAGAAUUCGGCAGAGCGUGUUCAGGAGUUCGUCUCUGCCGUUGUACCGUGCAAGAUGAAGCGAUCUCAGGAACUCAUCUCGGAGGACACUCAUUCCGGAAAGAAGUCGUACAAAUGGACUAUUUCAUUGGAAAUUGUUCCUAUCUGCCGUGACGACCUGGUCUGCAUGCCAAUGAAGCUGGCCCGCCAGCUGGGCAACGUCUCACCCUUGACUCUCUGCCAUCGUAUCGGUACUGCCAUCACCUUGAUGGACCCACAGACUCUGCAAAUUGCAAGUGUCCCCAACGAUACCUACUGGCGCUCGCCCUUCAAGUCUCUUGCCGAUGUCACUUCCUUGAAGGAGUAUGUUAUCAUGGACAUUGAGCCGGUUGGCAAGUCUAACGGCCGCUUUUUCCUUGCCGAAGCCACCGUUGCGCGCGCGUCUGAUCUCGGAACCAAUGACACUACUUUCUUCGUCCGCACUCACCUUGGUGGUAUUCUGCAUGUUGGCGAUUCCGCGCUCGGCUAUGACUUGACUCAUACCAAUUUCAACGAUGACAAUUUCGCAGAAAUGGAGAGCAACCACCAGCACGGCUCGACGAUCCCUGAUGUUAUCCUAGUCAAGAAGUAUUAUGCUCGCAAGAAGAAGCCCAAGAACCGCGCAUGGCGUCUCAAGCGCAUGGCUCGCGAGUACGAGGAGGAGGCUCUCGCCGGUGCCGGUGGGGCUCGUCGCAAGGGCGAAGAGCAGGACCGGCUCGAAGCCGACUUCGAAAUGUUCCUGCGUGAUGUGGAGGAGGACCAAGAGCUACGUGAGACCCUGGACUUGUACAAGGUCCGCAAGAACCCUACUGCCGAUCAUGAGAUGGAUGAAGACAGCGGUAGUGAUGAUGAAGUGCCGAAGAUCAACAUGGACGAGCUGCUUGAUGACUUUGACGACUUGAACAUGGAUGAUGAAUGA